AUGAAACGCAGCACGAGCGGGGAUGACCCGCUUGCCUUUUUGGCGGGGCGGAAAAAACGAAAUCAGAGCCAGUCCUCCUCUUCCCUCUUUUUUCAGAACAGCCGCCGCGGGAGCGUAGCCUCGCAGCGACACACAGGCGGUGCAUCCCAGCCGACCCCCCGAAGCGCAGAUCGCGGCUUCUCUCACGCGGGAGCGCGAAGCGAUGCUUCUCGCCCCUCGUCCUCUCAGCCAGUUUCUUCCCAGUCUUCUCACUCCCAGUCCAGUCAUCGACGCGACAGUGUCAGCCGGUCGACUGCCGCGCGCAACCCCACCAGCGCGUCUUUUGGGCUCCAGCGCCGGCGCCGGCGCCCCAGCGAGGACGGAGACAGCGCGGGCAGCGCUAGUCAACAGAGUUACACCAACGGAAGUGCAUCUUCUCACUUGCCAUCGUCCCUCUCGGGGCCUGGAUUAUCUUCGCUCUCUCAGUCUUCUGCGGGCGUGCACUCGGGCGCCGCCACCCCUCAAAGGGGCGGCGAGGAAACAGACCGGAGUCGGGCGCGCGCCCGGCCAGAGCCUGGAGCCUUCGGGAGUACAGGGAAUGUCAGAGGAGAAUCAAGUGUCUCCGAUUCCCACGACAGAAACAGAGCUGGUCGCCGAGAGACCGCGACCGCAGCUUCGGUGGACGUCGCUCUCGAAGAGGCGCGGGCCCCCGAACGGUCUAUGGAGGAGUGCUUUCCUGUGCUCGUCGAACUGCCUGCGAGAGGAGCAGCGCACCUCUGCAAUCUCGGCUUCCAUCUGCUCGCCGAUGACCAGCUCCAGCGGCACCUCGAUUCAGUCUUGGAGUGGGAGUUGGAGCAGUCGCAGCGAGUGCCGACAGGAGUCACGAACGGCAUCCACCAGGCCUCCUUCGAUCGCCUCCGAGGCGUGCUGCGUCUCCUCUGCGCCUACGAAGGUAGCUCGUACAUGUCUCUUCUCCCACACGUGGAGAAAGACGGCAGAGAGAACAGCGAAGGCUGCGGCUUCCUCGUGCUCCCGCGAAACAACGGAGGCGAACGGGCGUCGAUCUUCGUGGGCCACCAGGAGCUGCGCGGAGCCACCCUCGUUCGCAAGGAAACAGCCACAGGCCUCAUCGAAAAGAUCCUCCAAGGUGGAGUCUUCGGCGAUCGACGGUCACAGGCAGCUGCCCUCGACCUCGAAGUUUGGCCCCUAAGGAGGUCGACGGAGUUCUUGGCGAGGAGCCGGAGUGCUUUUGGAAGUGCACUGGAUUCUCUGCUCAUGUUCCGCGCCUCUUCCCUCUGCGUCGUUCCUUGCCAGCUGAUCAUGCCGCUGCCUUCGCUGGACUUGCAUGCAGUCGAGGGCUUCGAGUUGGAGGAAAUUCCUCCCGGCCAACUUCUCCUCCUCCCCGCGUGGUGCGCCCAAGUGCUGUACCGGCGGCGGCUCGCCGAUGUUUACCUCCCAAAGUUCUUGACUGCUGAACAACUGAAACAAACUCUUUCUCGGGAGGAGAAGAUGAAGGAGGAGCUGUCCGACCUGCCAGAGUGUUUCUUCGACAUCGCCAACUUGAUUCUUUUCAACCCUCUGCUUCAACCGCGGGGCGCCGAGUUCGAUGGAGAAAAGGAGAGAGGCCUGGUGCUGCAAAUCUGGGAUCGCCGUCAAACGAAAAUUUCGCGGAUCAUCUCUCGACACCGAGCGAGCGACGACAGAAUAGCGGUCACCAACAUCCAGCCCUCGGAAACGUUCCUUCUAUCCCACGUCCGAUUCGAGACCGACGGUGAAAUCCUAGGUGCCUGA